UCUUUCUCUCUCUCUCCCUAUGUGCAAGUGCACCGGGCGCUUACUUCUCUUCUGAGCGGGUACUGCAGGGGAAGAAACGAACGAACCCACCAUGGAAUAGGAAUAACUGCUGGACAAAACGGGGAAAGACAGCCUCUCUCAUCUUUAUUCUUUAUUCUUUAUUCCCCCCUUCUUUUCCCUGACACCCCCUUUUUCUCUUUUUUUCUCGCAUCCCCCCUUUUUGCCUCUCUCAAUGUCUCUCAACAGUUUCUGAAGGGAUUGAAGGAAAAGGCAAAAAAAAAAAAAAAAAUGAGGAUUAUUAUUUUGUCUUGGCACUUUCUCUGGGUGCUUUCUGCCCUUUGGGAGGUGGCGACGGGGGCUUUCCCCAGCUCAGUGCAGAUAGGCGGGUUGUUCAUUAGGAAUACAGAUCAGGAGUAUACAGCAUUUCGACUAGCUAUCUUCCUUCACAACACCAGCCCUAAUGCCACAGAAGCUCCUUUUAACCUGGUCCCGCAUGUCGACAACAUAGAGACAGCCAACAGCUUUGCUGUCACCAACGCAUUCUGUUCUCAGUAUUCAAGGGGAGUCUUUGCCAUCUUCGGCCUUUACGACAAGCGCUCGGUGAACACGCUGACGUCGUUCUGUGGGGCCCUGCACAUCAGCCUUGUGACCCCCAGCUUUCCCACUGAAGGCGAGGGCCAGUUCACCCUGCAGCUGCGACCGUCCAUCAGAGGGGCUUUGCUGUCACUGUUGGACCAUUAUGACUGGAGUCGAUUUGUCUUCCUCUAUGACACAGACCGAGGUUAUGCAAUACUGCAGGCAAUUAUGGAGAGAGCGGGACAGAAUGGAUGGCAGGUGAGUGCAAUCUGUGUGGAGAGUUUCAAUGAGGCAGCGUAUCGUCGGCUGCUCGAGGACCUGGACCGACGUCAAGAGAGGAAAUAUGUCAUCGAUCUGGAGCCUGAGCGACUACAGAACAUCCUAGAACAGGCUGUCAGUGUGGGGAAACAUGUUAAAGGUUUCCAUUACAUCGUAGCAAACCUGGGAUUUAAGGACAUAUCUUUGGAGAGGUUCAUGCAUGGAGGCGCAAACGUGACUGGUUUCCAGCUGGUGGACUUCAGCAAGCCCAUAGUCAUUAAACUGAUGCAGCGCUGGAACAAACUGGAUCAGAGGGAGUACCCUGGAUCUGACACCCCACCGAAGUAUACCUCGUCUCUAACAUAUGAUGGCGUCCUUGUGAUGGCCGAGGCCUUCCGCACCCUGCGCCGUCAGAAGAUUGAUAUCAGUCGCCGUGGAAACGCUGGUGACUGCCUGGCCAAUCCGGCUGCUCCCUGGAACCAAGGAAUAGAUAUGGAGCGUGCACUCAAACAGGUACGCAUUCAGGGCCUGACUGGGAACAUUCAGUUUGAUCACUAUGGUCGAAGGGUCAACUAUACCAUGGACGUGUUUGAACUGAAGAGUAACGGACCACGGAAGAUUGGCUACUGGAACGACAUCGACAAACUCGUGUUGGUCCAGAAUGAAAAUGCUCUGUCCAAUGACAGCUCGGCGAUGGAGAACCGAACUGUUGUUGUGACUACCAUCAUGGAGGGUCCCUAUGUGAUGCUGAAGAAGAACUGGGAACUCUACGAAGGCAAUGACCAGUUCGAGGGAUACUGUGUGGACCUGGCGUCGGAGAUCGCCAAACACAUUGGGAUCAAGUAUAAGAUCUCAAUCGUACCGGAUGGGAAAUAUGGAGCCAGAGAUCCAGAGACUAAGAUAUGGAAUGGCAUGGUUGGAGAGCUUGUGUAUGGGAAAGCGGAAAUAGCCGUGGCCCCUCUGACCAUCACCCUGGUGAGAGAGGAGGUGAUUGACUUCUCAAAGCCCUUCAUGUCUCUGGGUAUAUCCAUCAUGAUCAAGAAGCCGCAGAAGUCUAAACCAGGUGUUUUCUCUUUCCUGGACCCGCUGGCCUACGAGAUCUGGAUGUGCAUAGUGUUCGCUUAUAUUGGAGUCAGUGUUGUGCUGUUUUUGGUGAGCCGCUUCAGUCCGUAUGAGUGGCACGCAGAGGAGCCAGAGGAGGGCGCCACAGAGCAGGGCCCGACCGACCAGCCUCCCAAUGAGUUUGGCAUCUUCAACUCUCUGUGGUUCUCACUGGGAGCUUUCAUGCAACAGGGCUGUGACAUCUCACCACGCUCUCUGUCAGGACGCAUUGUUGGAGGCGUGUGGUGGUUCUUCACCCUCAUCAUCAUCUCCUCUUACACAGCCAACCUGGCUGCCUUCCUCACUGUGGAGAGGAUGGUCUCACCCAUCGAGAGUGCAGAGGAUUUGGCCAAACAAACAGAAAUAGCCUAUGGGACAUUGGACUCCGGCUCCACUAAAGAGUUCUUCAGGAGGUCCAAAAUAGCUGUGUAUGAGAAGAUGUGGUCAUAUAUGAAAUCUGCUGAGCCGACGGUCUUCACUAAAACCACGGCGGAAGGCGUGGCGAGGGUCCGCAAGUCCAAAGGGAAGUAUGCCUUCCUCCUGGAGUCCACAAUGAAUGAGUACACGGAGCAGCGCAAGCCUUGUGACACCAUGAAAGUCGGGGGGAACCUGGACUCCAAAGGAUACGGCAUUGCCACACCAAAAGGCUCACAGUUAAGAACCCCGGUAAACCUUGCAGUUUUGAAACUGAGCGAAGCAGGCGUCUUAGACAAACUGAAAAACAAAUGGUGGUAUGACAAGGGAGAGUGUGGACCCAAGGACUCUGGAAGUAAGGACAAGUCAUCACAGGCCCUGAGCCUGUCCAACGUGGCUGGGGUCUUCUACAUCCUUGUGGGCGGCCUGGGCCUGGCCAUGCUGGUGGCCCUGGUUGAGUUCUGCUACAAGUCACGGGCCGAAGCUAAGCGCAUGAAGCUGUCGUUUUCUGAAGCCAUGCGGAACAAGGCCCGUCUGUCCAUCACAGGAAGUGUGGGGGAGAAUGGCCGCGUCCUGACGCCAGACUGCCCCAAAGCUGUGCAUGCUGGCCACGCCUCCCUCAGACACCCCGGCCUUGCAGUGGUCUCCUCUGGACUGCCCUGAAAACCAAAAACACCUGCCGUGCCUUACUGACACAUACACACACACACAGACUUUGACAAGGACACACACACACACACAC